CGUCGACCAAGUAGAAAAACUACAUGCACUUGGUCUGGUCUACCGAACAUGCGAAAGUGGUUCGCCUCAAGGCAACGAGGCUAAGUUUGAUAUUGCUACCCGACAUUUCAAUGCUGGGCUUUUUGUACGAUAGCAGCAUGGAAAGGCGUGAGAGUUGGCUUUCGAGCCUCGGCCCACGAAUACUGAGUUCACGUACCUUUUCUGCUACUGCAAACAAUGGCACUUUCAGUGAAGCGCUUAUUGAAUCACGAAUCGUCCGAAGGUGACGGGACCCGGCUGCGAUUUUCUAAUGGCCAUGAUAGUAUCUUAAACCGUAGCGAAGAGCAGACUGGUGGGCCAUUCACCGAGUGGUUCGACCACAUUGAUCUCGGAGGUGAAGGAGUCGAAAAUCCGGCUUUCAAUGCGGAUUUUCAGCAAUGGGCAGACGACACGAUGCCGCGGGGGCGAUAUUCGUCUUCGUCUGCUGACGAUGUCGAAAACGUAGAUAGAGGAGACUCUCAAGACGAGCGCGGUGAUGCAGGAACGGCCCAUGGCACACGCCCUGGAGACAUAUGCUAUGGAAUGCUUCACAAUGUAGAUGUGAAGGUCGUUGGGGACAUGAGUGUGCUUGACGCAAAGCUGAGGCCUACACAAAAUACAACCCUCAACCAACGCUUCCAGCUCAAGGAUAAAACUGAUCAUGUGCAAUUGAGUUUUGCGGAUGGUACCGAAUUUGGCUACUUGCGCGGCAAUUACACAAAAGGUCUAGCAUCCUACCUUGCAUCGCCGACCCUCUACUUCGAGGCAAUUGUUGGCACUGAUACUCUUAGAGAGACUAUUGGUCGCGCGGCAAAACCCUCUGAAGCACUUGUGAGGGUGAAUAUCAACGUGUAUGGCCCGCCGAGUGAGGCAGAUGACGUCGGGGCACGUCUGUCUGAACAUAAGCUGUGGCUGCAAAAACCGGACCACCUUUUCCGUGAUAUUGAAUACAAGAACCCUCAGGUCUUGGAGUUUGAAGACCUCGACUUGAGCUUGUUGGACCAGCCUAUGGAAUUGCUAGAAAGAGGACGGGCCAAACCACGAACCGAGGAGGAUCAUCUCCUCCAAACUGUGCAUCAGGUCUAUAACUCAACAAGAAGACAGGAUGGCCUUGCUCAAAGAGAUGUUAGUGGCCAUUUCAAGACCAAGAUGUUACCGCAUCAAACCAAAGCUUUGAAUUUCAUGAUACAGAGAGAAACUGGAGAAAUCGAUGAAGAGUUUCGGCUCUGGAGAAUGGUCGUAGUGGAAGGUGUCACCAGUUACUCUCACGCAAUCACUAAGAGCAAGUCCAGAGUACGACCAGACGAAAAAGGUGGUGGAAUUCUAGCGGACGAGAUGGGCAUGGGAAAGUCUCUGUGUAUUCUCUCAUUGAUCGUUGAGACCCUCAAGAAUGGAGAAGAAUGGGCCGUAGCAAGAAGAUCGCCAGACGAAAUCAGUCAAGUUAAAGGCCACACCCGUGCAACGCUGAUAGUUGUCUCUUCAGCACUCCUCAUAAACAACUGGUGUAAGGAAAUCGAAGAGCACCUGGAAGAUUCGCUCAAGAUCAUCCGCUACCAUGGCCCAAGCCGCCCGAAAGACAAGACAGGGUUGGAAGCUUUAGAAAAUUCCGACAUAGUCAUAACUACGUACAACACUUUGGCGAAAGAAUUUAGCACAACUGCAAUCAACAGGACAAGUCUGCUGCAUGAAAUCGAGUGGUACAGAGUGGUACUAGACGAAGCGCAUAUCAUCCGACGACAAGCAACCACCUUCCACAGAACCUGUGCGGAGCUCAAGGCGAGAUCCAGAUGGUGCCUUACUGGGACGCCCAUACAGAACAAACUAGAGGACAUCGGUGCACUGUUCUGUUUCAUCAAAGCCAAGCCGUUUGACAGCAUGGCAGUUUUCCGAAGAUACAUCGUCGUUCCUUUCGAACAGAACGAGGACAGGACGGCGAUAGACAGACUCGUCCAGCUAAACGACUCGCUCUGUCUGCGCAGAACGAAAGAACUGCUCGACCUCCCACCUCUGAACGAGUCCGUCAGGCGGCUGGCUCUGAAUGAGGGGGAGCGGAAGCAAUACAACAACACGAAGGAGAUCCUGUUCCGGAAAAUCCGGCAGAAGGCGGGCGAGCAUGAACAGACCAGCAAGUUCGGCAUUUUCCAGGCGAACCUUCAGUUGCGCAUUCUGUGCAACCACGGCACCUUCCAGCAGACGUUCUCGUGGCAGAGCGAGCGUAGCCUGCGGGACAUCAAAGAAGCCAUGUUAUCAGCAAUCGGCGGCAGUGCACAGGUCAACUGCGACGGAUGUGCUCAGCCGAUGCCGGUUCUCGGGUCCAACAAGGUCUACAACAACUUUGCGGAGAAGUGUAAUCAUGUUCUGUGCCUCGAAUGCCUCGACCAGACUGCAGCGGCCAAAGGGUCGGGGUCCGGGCGGCAACAUUGCCCCCUGUGUUUGGUUUUCAACAAGGAGGCUGUCGACAUCGAGAUGACCGACGACAGCCAAGGGUCCAGGGGAGAUGACGGCGAGCUCGAUGAUGCCCAUUACUUCCGCGUCGGAGGCCACUCGACCAAGAUGAACGCGCUCAUAUCAGAUGUCGAAGAGGACUUGAAUAAGACGAAAAGUAUCAUCUUCUCCUGCUGGACGCGCACGCUGAACCUGGUGGCCAAGCAUUUGGAGCGCGCCAAUAUCCCCUUCUCUCGGAUCGACGGGGAGUGCCCUUUAUCCAAGAGACAGAAAAUCCUCGACGACUUCGAGAAAAAGUCAGGCAAUCCAGUCCUAAUCAUGACGACGGGCACGGGGGCCUUUGGUUUAAAUUUAACAUGCGCGAACCGUGUUUUUAUCGUGGAGCUGCAGUGGAAUCCCAGUGUCGAGAGCCAGGCCAUCGCUAGAGCCAUUCGUCUCGGUCAGGAUCGGCAUGUCUCUGUCAUUCGAUACAUCAUGAUCGACACUGUUGAGCAGGACAUGCAAUCGCAGCAGCAACGUAAGUUGAGGAUGGCGCAGAAAGGUUUCGAAGGUGUAAUGGAUGUAGAGGAAUGAUCCCUGCAAGAGGCACAAGGAUUGGGUUGCUUAUUCACGAUGGGGCAGGUUGUCAAAAUAAAACAAAAAACUGGAAAUAAGAAGCACGUAUUUGUUAGUGGUUUGGGUAAUAGAUAUAUAAU